CGUUCCUGCGGGGACCAGGAGCGGCCGGAAGGGAUUGAAGAUACUCCGGAGACGCGGCGGUUGUGACCGUUGGAUUGCGCGCGCAGCCUGAGCCCCGGGCCGCCAUGAGCGGGAAACCGCCCCCCGGAGACCGGGAGCCGCCGUCCCAGGACCUGGGUCCUAACCGCCGCCGUAAUGGUGUCUUCUCCUGGGUCCAGGACCGCUCGAUGGGCCGCGGCCUCGGACCACUGGUUGAUCCCGUGCGGGAGACCUACUGCAUCAUGACCAGUCUGUAUGGCUCCAUGAACCCCGCCGAUUCGGUAACGCUCAGCACCCAGACCCAUGGAGCCGCCUUCAACCUGGAGUACUCGCCCGAUGGAUCUGUGUUGACGGUGGCAUGUGAACAGACUGAAGUUCUCUUGUUUGACCCAGUAUCUUCAAAACACAUCAAAACUCUGUCUGAAGCACAUGAAGAUUGUGUCAAUAACAUCAGGUUUCUUGAUAACAGGCUUUUUGCAACGUGCUCUGAUGACACUACAGUAGCACUGUGGGAUUUGCGUAACCUCAACUCAAAGGUCUGCACCUUGCAUGGCCAUACUAGUUGGGUAAAGAACAUUGAAUAUGAUACCAAUACAAGACUGCUGGUAACAUCAGGAUUUGAUGGAAAUGUAAUCACUUGGGACACAAAUAGAUGUACAGAAGAUGGCUGUCCACACAAGAAAUUCUUCCACACCCGUUACCUGAUGCGAAUGCGUUUAACACCAGACUGUUCAAAAAUGCUAAUAUCAACAUCAUCUGGUUAUCUUCUAAUUCUCCAUGACCUUGAUUUAACUCAGUCACUGGAAGUUUCCAAUUACCGCAGUUUGAGAGGCAAACGUUCUGCUUCAAAUACAGAUUUAACCACGUCUUCUUGCAGCUUGCCUGGCUUACGAUCACAAAAUCAUCAAAUAGCUACAAACCAGAACUCUGAAAAAAACCCAUCACAGUCUUGUGCACAGACUGAGAGAGAAGCUGGAUUUCCAAGAAAUAGUCUUGAAGUUUUAACACCAGAGAUUCCUGCAGAAAGAGAUCGAGGGAAUUGUAUUACAUCAUUACAACUUCACCCCAAAGGCUGGGCUACAUUAAUUAGGUGCACAAGCAACACUGAUGACCAAGAGUGGACUUGCAUUUACGAAUUCCAAGAUGGACCUCCAGUUCGGGCAUCCUCUCCUCGUUGCUCUCUUUGCCUCACGCACUACAUUGAAGAAGCUAAUGUGGGUCGUGGUUACAUUAAAGAACUUUGCUUCAGUCCAGAUGGCCGACUGAUUUGCUCUCCUUUUGGGUAUGGAAUCCGCUUGUUGGGUUUUGACAGCCAGUGCAAUGAACUGUGUGAUUGCUUACCCAAAGAAGCCACUCCACUGCAGGAAAUCAGAACUAUUUACUCUCAUAGUGAUGUUGUGCUUACAACCAAGUUUUCACCAACUCAUUGUCAGCUUGCCUCUGGGUGCCUUAGUGGACAAGUUUACCUGUACCAGCCAAAGUUCUAAGUGACCUGAAUUACUUGCAAGAAGUGUUGAACACCAAGCAAAAGGAAAUUGCUUAAUAAUUAGACCAGAUCAAAAUUAAUGAUUAAUGUUUAAGGUUUUUGAUGUCAGGAUUCAAAUCCAAAUUCAACAUGGUUUUCAGUGCAAUACACAAUAAAUCAGUAAUUCUCAUAACGUACAUCUGCAAACUCUUAAGUUAUUUCUUUUCUGCAGUUUGCCUUAUAAAGAAUGGUCUUUUACUAUAUGUGCUAUUAAUUUAUAGCUGCAGGUGACGUUAAGUUAUAUCAACAGUUAGGCGUUAAAUUUGUUAGCUUGCUUUUGUACAUAUAAUCUUGAAAAAUGCAGUUCAGCUAGUGAAAAAUCAAAUGAGUUGGGGGAAAAAAGUACUGCUGAUUCAUUCAGAAGCAGCAUUAGGUUUGACCUUGUAUUACCUUUAAGCUUCUGUUUUUUUGUAUAUUAACAAAGGUAUUAGUUAACUUUUUAUAAAUAUUUAGUGUAACAGUGGAAGUAAAUUAUUUAAAUGCAUAUGCAAAUGUACAUUGUGAUUGAUGUGAAAAUUAAACUUUACCAAAUAUUGUAUUGGAACACCCAAAGGGUACGUGUCUAAUAUCAUACACUGUUAUAAAAUUCAUAUGGCUA